AUGAGUAUGAAAUCUAUGAAUCAUCUCUCGAGUAUACUGAAUGAUAAUAGACUCACGAGGCCUAACUUUUCGGACUGGCUCCGUGACUUGAACAUUGUCCUUAACAUGGAGACUCUGGGAUACAUCCUAGAGACUCAGCAUGAGAACAUGAAGAGCGCUCGUGAGGUCUUGAAGAAUCUCAGGGAGCUCUAUGAGGAGAACAACAGGAUCGCACAAUAUGAGAUAUCGAAGGAAUUAUUCCGUGAGAGAAUGCAGGAAGGGACUAAAGUUGGAGCUCAUGUGCAGAAGAUGAUCAGGCAGAUUUAG